GUUUAUAAACGAGUACUCGUGCAUGCAUUGAAGCACAUGCUGAUAGCUGGUGAAUUUCAAUAUGCUUCUCGAAAUGCGACUUCAUUUCGUUUUAAUUAGAUAAAAAUUGAAUCAGCUACUUUAAAAAAUACUCUACUUCCAAGUCCGAAAUGGAGUCUGCCACAAUGCAGUACGAUGCUGCGGCCGGAGGAACAGUUAAACUGCCGGGGGAGAUCGAUUCAUUGCAGUUCAACAACGAGCGGUUGUUGGAGAUCAAAGCAAUGCUCCGGAGUUUAGCCAGCACAGAAAAUCAAACUAAGCUUAUGCAUCAAUCCCUACCGCUGCAUAUGCGAAGACGGGCUAUGAGCUAUAACCCGAAGCGGUUACCCAGGAAAUUCCGUUACACCCAUAUAGCCCAGUACAGUAAGAGUGGCUUGCCAGAGAAGAAAAAACGACCUUCCCGGAAAUAUCGCCGUAAAGCAAGCAAUCUACUGAAAGAAUACGAAAGGCGCCAGAAAAGCAACAUUUGGCUGGAAACACAUAUCUGGCAUGCCAAACGGUUCCACAUGACCUCCAAGUGGGGCUACAAAAUUCCUUUGACGGCCACGAGCAAAAGUUAUAGAGCUUCUUAUAGAGCAACGUCGAAGCACUGUCUGCUACAGGACUUGUCCUAUUACGGUUGCAUUGAAUUGACAGGGGACGAGUCCAUUUUGCGACAGGAACUGCAGCGUAUUUGUUCUGAUAAAGUUGGCCUAACUAUGGUUGCCAAAGCAUAUAUGAGUGGAGUUAGAGCUGGUCAAGUGUGGCUCUUUCAAAUAGACCAAUAUCCACUACAUUGUCUAGGUCAAAUCAAAUUUUUAUGGAAACCUCAAACUACAACUCAAGAGAAACGUACAGUCUGGUUGUUUGCCCAUCCAGUUUUCUAUAAUAGUUUAGUUAAUGAAUUGAAGAAACUAUUUGCAUUAAAAAACGCCCAUUAUAAAGGAGAAUCUAUGGAAGGAGCUGAAAUCAAAGCCCCAAGUUCUAUAAGAAUACCUACGUACGAAAAUCUUGACAUCGAAGUGCGUCUGCGAGAGCUUAAGGAUACGUUGAAUUGUUUCCGACUGACGGGACCCCUGGCAAAUUCAGUGUUAAGAGCAGCAAUCAAACAUUACAUUCCUUUGGAGCCGGAGCAAAGCAAACCGAAACAUUGGUUCGCGGACUGGAGACAAUGCACUUCAAACCAUGAGCUUCACUCUAAACAGGCAUUAUUCUACGGACAGGCAAUGCAACUACCUUCCUCAUCCAAUUUCAGUCCGGGUUGCAUAAUAAGUGUUACAAUGGAAGAACCUCGACUAAACCGACCUAAAAGGCGUACCAAGGCUUUGCCGCCAUUGGUUCUGGAACCCGUAACACUGCCGCCAUUGGACCCGUCUGUUGCUAACUCGCCCCUCUGGGAACAAUCGAUCCGUGAUAGCGUCACAAAUAACAUGGUUACCACCCAUGUACUCAAUCAAAAGCGGAACGAACAAGCCUUGGUCCCGGGAGAAAGAUGUGCCUUUGAACGAUCCUGUCAACCUGUACCCAUAAUUCUAAUACAAAACCCCGGCUCACAAGAUAGUGAUUUCAAGCGCCUUGGUUAUGGUGCCGGAUGGGAUUUGAUAGCGCCGUCAGGUUACGGUCUUGCACUUUGGCAAACUUUUAUUAUGUGGGGAGCCAAACCUGCCGGUUUGAAAGAAUUCGACCUGUUGGCCAUUGAAUCUGGCAGGGAUAUUUCCAGGAUUCCAGAUACCAUUCUCGGAAAAUUUUCAGCUGACGAUGAACAUACCAACAGUUGGAAAAAGUAUUUUUCCCGGCCCAACAAUCGGCGCAUCAAUUAUACCAAACUUUCAAUCGCUUCUCCUUUUCGCUGUCCAUGGUCUAAACUAAUCUCCGAGUGGAACGACUGUUCGGAAGAUGAUGCUUCAUCUUUUUUCGUGCUACGUGAUCAAGAAAUCCUGAACAAAAUUCAUUUGUGCUUAAAUCGAAAAUUCAACGUUCAAUCGUUACAAUUACCGAAGAACUGCCUUAUACCUAUAUUUCUUACAAUGAAAGCGCGUGGCAGUCUUGAUAGCAAUUCAAUAAUUUGUCUCCCGGAUCGAAAAGAUUUCCGACAAAAUAAAACACAAAACCAGUUGGGAGAUUCGACCCCUGUCUACACAGAGCCACUCAGAAAGGACCCUCGUUCUAAAGAACGACAUCGAUUGCGCCAAAUGCAUCUGCGAUUUCUUAAAACGCUUCGCAACAGACGAGUGCGGGCGAAGAAAAUCCAGCAACGGGCACAUCCUGGAAAGCUAAUACGCAUAAGUAGACCUCAAAACGAUAAACUUAUAAGUGAACAAUUGACGAAAAUGCAAGAACUGUGGCUGCCGGCAGAACCGGAAACAGUUCGGAACCAGUGUAGCCGAGAGUGUUUUGGCUAUAUUACCCAGUCCAGUUUCAGUCUUUCGGAAGCUAACGUAGCCGCUCUCGGAUACAUAACAGGGCGAGGGCUACGAAAGCUUUUCAAAAUAUGUAUCAAGGGAACCUUCAAGGUUCUUGUUCGCAGUACGAAAUCCAGGAGCUAUCGAUUCGCGAAUUUCAAGGUAAGAUUGGAAUAAAUUUUAUUUAGUGUUCAAAAUCUGGAUAUCUUCUAUGUAAAAUAUGUUUGAACGUUGCUGAAUAUCACAGCCAGGGAGUACAUUUACUUAUAUUUCAUGUGGUGUUGACCAAAACUGCGAAAGUGUGAUGCAUACAAACAAAAAUGGUAUUUUCUUUUUAUUAUUCUACACUUGCGCGUUAUUCGUACCUCACGCGAAAAGAAAGAAAAUUAAACAUUUUAUUUGAAUUGAACUAAAAUAUAUUUCAAUAUCUUUCACUUCCACUCAGUACCAUCAUAGUAGUUUUACAUUUUCGUCCGAAUUAACUCGGAAAAGAUCGAUAGCUGAAUAAAUACAUUUUAAUUAAACUGUCACUACAGAGCCAUUUUUCCUUGUUUUCAUCAUGCAUAUUGAACCGAGAUGUAAUACGGUUUAUUUUCCGUUCGUUCCUGUCAAAGUCUCAUGCGAACACCUUACACAUAACUCAUCCACGUUCUGCUUCAAAACUUUAGUGCUGUU